AUGAAGCCCGACGUGGCUUCCCUCCUCUCCCGCCUCGCCCCAAACUUCAUCGUCUUCGACUUCGCCAUGCCGUGGAUCCCCACGGUCGCCCACCCACUCGGCGUCCGCUCCCUGCUCUCUCCGUCUUCUUCUGCCGUCUUCCACCGCCUACCUCACGGUCCCAUCCGCGCCAUUGCCGCCGGCGAUGACCGCCCGUCGUUGACUCACCAGGAGCCUCAUGAAACCCCCUCAAGGAUUCCCGCCGCGUCCUCCAUCGCGGCCGCUGGCGGCGUCUCCCAGCCCUACCAGGCUCAAGAUUCUCGUACAUCUUCCAGUCCUUUGGCCGGCCAGCCCUGUGUCUUCGACCGCGUUAUGUCCUGCGUGGCCGAAUGCAGCGCAAUCAUAGCCAAAACCUGCGAGGAGAUCGAGAGGCCGUACAUCGACUACGUCGAGGCCGAGCACAACAAACCUAUGCUGCUCGCCGGCCCGGUAGUCCCCGAACCACCCUCGGGCCAGCUCGAGAAGAGGUGGGCUCAGUGGCUGGCGAAGUUCGAAGAGGGGUCGGUGGUGUACUGUUCCUUCGGCAGCGAGACGUUCUUGACGGAGGAAGCAAUAAGAGAGCUGCUGCUGGGGCUGGAAAUGGCUAAGCUUCCCUUCUUUGUGGUGCUGAAUGACCCUGAGGGCGAGGAGGCGAUGAGGAAGAAGCUCCCCGAAGGACUCGAAGACAGAGUGAGGGAUAGGGGAGUGAUACAUCAGGGAUGGGUACAGCAGCAGCUCAUACUGGGUCACAGCAACGUAGGAUGCUACGUCAACCACGGCGGGUUCAGUUCAGUAGUGGAGGGGCUGGUGGCUGGAUGCCAGCUUGUGAUGGUGCCUCAGAGAGGGGAUCAGUACCUGAACUCUGCUCUGUUCGCAGGGGAUUUGGGAAUUGGGCUGGAGGUCGAGAGGCAGGAGACGACCGGCGAUCUCACGAGGGACGCAGUCUGCGAGGCGGUGACGAAGGUGAUGAAGAAAGGGGAGAAGAAAGAUGAGGGAGAGGAGAAGAUGUCCAUGGAGGAGAAUCACAGGAAAUGGAGGGAGUUCUUCGUGGAUAAGGGGGUGGAGGAGAGGUUCACUGGCCAGUUUAUCCAAAAGCUCAAGUCUUUAGCAUUUACUUAAAACCAACUGAAUGCAAGAUUUUUGUGAAGGAAUGAUUGCUGGUUCGUUUGGUUCGCUUUGCUUGGAAUAAAAAGGGUCGAAGGAUGCUGUCACUGAAAGAAGAUGUUCUAUUCACUGGUCCCUUAUUUUAUGCAUGCUCAUCUAUGCGUUCGUAUCCUUUGAAUUUCAUAUUCAUCAGAAUAGUCAGAGUCA